AUGCGGUCGCAGUGCUCACCUGGACGGGUGAGCGUCUCCGGACCGUCCAUUCUUCCCGGAGCAAAGGCUGUUGAGAACAGGGACCACCCGCACUACUGCAGCCUCCUAAGGAAGAUGAACAUGCCUUUUGUGAAAGGCGUUGAGGACAGACAUGACUGCGGCAGAAUCGAAAAGAAAUGCAGCUGCGCUUUUCUUAAGUUUCACCCUCAGCCGCCCUCCGCCCUGCCAGACCGUCAUUUGCACCACCCUUGUCCACGGCCGUUCGGGCCGGAUUUCCCGUUGUUUCCACUUCGCGACGAAGUGCCUUUAAGGGACCCUUGUUCGCAGUGCAUGAGCCCAGGCGGCGACGCCGACUUGAAGCCUGGCAUUGGCAGAACCAUCCCGAGCCUGGUGGAUUUUAGUGACGUGAAACCGCAACAGCGCGUUCCCAGGCCAGACACGGGAUUUCAGACGACCCUGAAAAGGCAAAAAAUUCUAUUAGAAGAACUGAAACAAGACAGCAAAUGGAAUUCCAGGGCAGUACCAGACAUUUCUAUCCGAGCAAGACUUGGAGGUUGGACAAGCCCAGUGAAAGUCACUCCUUCACAACCACGCCAUGAAGGAUGCUCAGUAAAUCUCACGUACACGUUUGAUGAGGAAGCAGCGUGUGCAGGUGAUGGAGAACCACUUUCACAGCCAAGCAAAAAGUAUACUGCAAAGGACUCGUUCUAUAAGUCCUCUACACAGAAGGCUUAUGAAAGUGUUCCUUGGGACAAGAUGCUGCCACCAAAGCUCGAUCCAGAAGAAACAACAGUGGAAAAAGCCGCCGACCUUGUCUCACAGUGUUUCACCCUGAAGAGAUACGAGAGCACGCCAGCCUUAACCCAGAUGGUCGGUGGACUCUGGGACAGAUUUCAAACAAGAUCUUUCUUGGCACCAGUCAAACCAGUUAAUUUCGUGAGUCCAAGUUCUAGAAGCAAAUACAUUCCUCUCUACACGGGCCAUGUGCAGUCCACCAAUGCUGACGACAUUGACAACCCCUCCGGGGACAUCUCGUCUCUGGCCACACCUCGGAGCUCCAGAAUCCUCUGCUCAAACAUAAGUCGCUCUGCCAACAUUCCUGGGUACACAGGGAAGGUCCACUUCACAGCCACCCACCCGGCAAACUCCAGUAUCCCGGCAGCGGCCCCCUCAGUGGACUCCGAAGUGCACCGUGUCUUACGGGAAGAGAUGGCGGUUGACCUCUUCCGUCGCCAGGCACCCCUGUCCCGAUUGGUCACAACCGUAAAGCCCUACAACCCCUUCAGUGAUAGGAAGAGAGAAACUGCAGGCUACUGA